AUGGGAGGCGGAUGGACAGUAAUUCAGAAACGGAUCAGUGACGCAGUGAGUUUUGAUAGGGAUUGGCAGACAUAUGGAGAGGGGUUUGGAUCGCCGGACGGGAAUUUAUGGAUUGGAAAUGAAAUGAUCCACGAGUUGACAAAAGACAAGAAGACAUCUCUUUAUAUUUCUAUAACAACAGAUGGCCUUCCACUAUAUGUGCUGUACGAAGAAUUCUACGUGGCCAAUGCAGAAAAUAAAUAUAAACUCUUUCUCCGAGGGUCUGUGGAAGGAACUUUAGGUGACAAGAUGUUAUAUUUAGACCAAGUGGAAUCAGGUUACAUUUUAUCUGGAAUGUCCUUUAGUACCUCUGAUGCAGACAACGACUUAUGGCAAAACGGCCACUGCGCCGUAGUUCACAAAGGAGGUUGGUGGUAUAACAAUUGCCAUUAUGCCUUUCUCAAUGGACCCUGGGCUUCUGCGACCUGGGAUAACCCGUGGAAGGACAAAAUAGAAAAUGGGGCAGAUGUGACGGAAACAAAAAUGAUGAUUAAACGUGCCUAG